GUUGCAACUACGUCGCAUCGCCGUGAUGAAUUUUAUUUUCCAUACGAUAAUUCGGAUAUACAAUGUGUAACAAUGACCCGUCGAUCGACGGGGGCAAUUAUGUAUCUGCGCGCGAUUGCGGCGAAAAAUAAUAAAAUUUUCAAACACCGAACGACAACGCUGUUAUUCCUCGGAGUUUCAUAAUCGUACGUCGAAAAUGCUUCCGUAACUAUCGGUGUCUUGUCGGACCUUCGAGUCUCCGGUGCUUUCACCUUUCCCUUCACCGUCACCGUCGCCGUCACCGUUACCACCGUGUCACCGUCGCAUUUGUCAAUUCUAUUUAGUCCCAGCCACCGAGCCAGCCAGCCAGCCAGCCAGCCACCCAACCUCCGUCGAACUUCGUUUACCUGAGCGGUCUCUCUUUUUGGUUUAAGGUGGUUUUGAACGGACCCGUCCACCGGGUACGGAACGUCGACCCAAACUUCGAAAGGGCCUUAUACCAGUUUCGCUCUCCUAAAAGCGACCCGUAGGGUCCUCCCUUUCCCCGUUCCCUGAUCCUUUGAUAUGGAUUUCGGUGCAUGUGGUGGUAGUCCUUCGCCCCGCGUAUCCCCGGUACUCCGAAGUUAUGACGACGGUGUCUGCCUGCGGACGGUCCUGUCUGCUGCCAGACAGGAUCGCGACGUAGUGUGCAUACCAUAGAGUGUGGCUUAUACGAUGUGGCUGGGUUUUCCCCCUCUACAAUUUUAUCGCUGCAUGCGCGCCGCAGCGCCGCGCGUUAGAUAGUCUUCAGUCAGCGCUGGGCCGUCACCGUGGCAGCGUCGUGGCUCUGUCCUGGAUGAAAACAAAUUAAAAAUAUUUGGCGUGAAUUUUUUUUUUUGAAGUAUCGUUUUUGUUUUUUUUGUUCCGAAAUAGUUCAUUCUAUCACCUAUGUUCGACGAGGUAUGUUGUUUUAUUUGUUGUGCGAGGCGCGAUCGUUGCGCUAAUAAAAUAGGAGUAGCUGUUAUCGCUGCUGCUACCGCUGCCGAAUGCAGUGGAAUAGUUGAUGAUAUAAAAUAGAGGAAAUACCGUAAAGAUAAAGGUAAUACGACAUCGAAGGAGUGGUGGUUUUUUUUUUUUUUUAUAAGUGUGCGCGAGUGCAAUAGAAAAUAAAUUAAUAAUUAAAUAAGAAUAUAAAUAAAUAUAUCCACAUCUAUACAUAUAAUAAUAUCCGUUAAACAAGGAAAAGCAAAAAAACCAGCAAGGAAGACGGAACAAACGACAAAAAAAAAAAAAACAAAAAAAAUUGUGAGACUGUUGGAUACGUACACGAUAUGGAUUGGGCAGUGAAGGCGCGACGAACGUAUAAAGCGAGUCGUUGCGUUAGCGGGGGUGGAAGCCGCGGCAACGGGGCAACUGGGGCAACCGGAGCAACCGGGGGAGGAGGGGGUCUUGGAAGCGGGGGUGCGGUAGGAGGCCGGGGAGGCGGGUUGGACGGGGGUGUUCCACCACCGGCUACCGGGCAUCACCAUCACCAUCACCACACGAACACCACGACGACUACCACCACAACAACAGGCACACGGCAUCACAGACACAAGCUGCCAGCGGGAAAGCAGUGCAGCGAUCACCGACACCACCCUCACCAUCACCGGCAUCAUCCACACCAUCGAUCCCAUCACCGUGGCAUGAACAUGGGCCAAAAGAUUUCAGGCGGCGUGAAGAGCGUGACACGUGACAGCGGUGCGGGAACUGGAGGCGGCGUAGGUGUUGGGGGCGGAGGAGCAGUCACGUACAAGCCCGUUGUACCCAGAGAACUGGCGCAAGAUUUUUCACGACCAGCUCGCCUGGAUGUUCUUCUCGACAUGCCGCCCGCCUCCAGAGAGACACAGGUCAGCCAUAGCUGGAACGCCGAUGACCGCAGUCUUAACAUCUUCGUCAAAGAUGACGACAAAUUGACGUUUCAUCGCCACCCCGUUGCGCAAAGUACGGAUUGCAUACGAGGGCGUGUCGGGUACACGAAAGGUCUCCACGUAUGGGAAUUACACUGGAGUACGCGACAACGAGGAACGCACGCUGUUGUAGGCGUCGCGACGGCAGAAGCACCCCUUCACAGCGUUGGCUACCAGAGUUUAGUCGGCAACAACCAACUAAGCUGGGGUUGGGACCUUGGAAGAAAUAAGCUGUACCACGACGCAAAAAACAAUAACGGAGUCACGUACCCAGCGCUACUGAAACCCGACGAAACGUUCAUCGUUCCUGACAAAUUCUUGGUCGUCCUGGACAUGGACGAAGGUACGUUAUCCUUCGUCGUCGAUGGCCAGUACUUGGGAGUGGCAUUCAGAGGACUCAAAGGAAGAAAACUUCACCCAAUAGUCUCGGCAGUGUGGGGUCACUGCGAGAUCACCAUGAAAUACAUCGGUGGCCUUGACCCUGAACCUUUACCCCUGAUGGACCUUUGCCGGAGAGUGAUUCGACAACGGGUCGGUAAGCAGAGACUGGAGGUCAGAAUCAACGAGCUGAAACUGCCCCAGGCAAUAAAGACGUACCUCCUAUACCGGGACAGAAGGUAACCACCGAGUGGCAUUCAGGUUUCAUAUCGCAUCUGCGAGUGCAUAAGCAUCAGGAUCAGAAUCAAGAUCAAGACCAAGAUCAAGAUCAGUAUCAGCACUAGCACUAGGAUCAGUGACUACGACCACCAGGACACCAACAGCAACCAACGACCAAUAAGCGACAGAUAUGAUAGUACGACAUACGUCAUCGAUGCACCGAUACGAAACAUAGGGAACCACCUGUCAUCCCUCCUGCCUUUGAUCGUCUGGAUCGACUGGAUCCUUCCGAAAACCACGUGUAACGCCGGUUCAAUAUAUCUCCAGAGAUAUGCGCACAAACAUGACGCACCUAAUACGGAUCGAAGUUCCAACACGUUCUAUUGAUAAAUCAUUGGUUCGUUUUGGUUGAACUGUGUGGUCGGACCAGGUCAAGUUGGGGGGAGGGGGACGGGAAUAGGGGUCGUUUAAGGAAAAGCGAUUGUUAAUAUUAAGUCUAGUCUGUCGUGUUUCUUUUUACUGUAAUUUUUUUUUUUUUUUUUUUGUUUGUUUGGUUUCCUUCUUUUUCUUUUUAUUUUAUUUUAAUUUUAUUCUCUGAUAGUGUUCGAUAAUAUGCAGUGGCUGCAUAGGGAUCCUCAGUAAUUUAUCUCAGACAAUUUAUUUGAUGAUAUAUCGUCGCCUGAAAGACAUAUGUAAAAGUGUGAGGUAUAUACUAGAAGAAAUUGUAACUGAUAAUGAACUAAAAUUGUUCCAUCGAACAAUUUUUAAAUAAUACGAUAUCAAAGUGUGAUGAAAAAUAUGAAAUGAAUUAAUCGGUCGAACUGCGCAAUGACUGGAACAGCGUUGCCGUCUCACAAUUAAUGACAAAGAGUAACGCCCGCUUAAUCAAUGGCACGUCUCCUGAAACAAAAUUUUCUCUUCUUCCUUCGAACGCGAUCCAUUUUAUUGAUUAUGCUUUGCCGAAGAACGAUACAAAAAAAAAAAAAUUAAAUAAAUUAAUUGAAGAAAAGUUGAUGAUUAAAUAGAGUGAACAAAAAAAGAUAAAAUAAAAAAGAAAUUGAAAUGAAGAAAGAAAAGUAGGUAAGAAAUAAAGCAUGAAUGAAGAGGAAAGAAAAAAAAACGCUAAACUAUUAGGUGAUAUUGUUGUUUUAUGUUGUCCUUACGAUUAAAAUCGUAGAGCAUUUAUUAAUUGUUACACCAACGGAUGGCGUUGGACGCUUAACAUCACAUGUAUCCGCGUUUUCUAUUUUUUGUUUCGUACGUUGUUAGAUUAUAAAAAUGAAAAUAAUGAAUAAUAAAGUAAGACGAUUUGAUUGAAAAGUAAAAUGGGGUCAGAAUAAAUCAAGGAAAGAAAAACAAAUUAAUUGAGUGAGCAUAUGGGAGAAGAGACGAGGAAAGAAUCUUGAUACCUCGGAGAAACGCGACUCGACAGCCCUCUACGGUUGGCCAGUAAAAUAAAGUUAGACUUAGUCGAGCCUGGAGACUGCAAAACCGCGAAUCCCGCAAUAGCUGAAGGCAGGUUGUCGUUCUAGUCCAAACAAUCGAGCUAAACGAGGGCGAUCCUUGAUCAGGACUGGAAUUCGCUACCUAGAAAUAAAAUUUCCCGAUUUUUAGAAACGCUGUCUACGAUACAUACCUACCCAUAAACGAGGCAAGACAAAGUAUGAUUGUAGUAGUGUGAUAGCUGCAGCUUAAAUUGCCCGAGUGCCACAUUGUAUGAACUUAAUUUUUCAAACAAUUAUUUAAGCAUGCUCUGAGUUCUACGACAUACAAAGUGCAUGCACGAAGUAGCCAAGGAAUUCUUUCGAGAAGGGAAAACAUGAAGAUUCGUACCAACUGCGAAUUAAAAGCAGCCUAGCCAUCGAACGAAGUUUUCAAUCGAAAUUGAGCGACUAAAAUUCAUCAUUUCCCCGUUCAAAUCUUCGAAUAAGAGAACUUGACACCUACGCGUAUGGAAGUAGAUGAGUUUCCGGAAUUACAAAGAUACACAUCGUCUUGGCUAACUGGAAUAAUUAAACAAUAAAAUAUUAUUAGUACCGCUAAACUACUAUUACUACUAAUACUACUACUAUACUAGAAGACAAAGUGACUGAACAUGGGCAUUCGGCAGAAUUCCAAACAUGAAUUGAAACUGUCAUCGAUCUAAACCUGCGUCAGUGUAACGUAAAUAUAACAUAAUUGACAUCAGCGUAAUCAUUUGACUGAAAUUAAAACAACAUUGUCAAUGGUCUCUCUUAAAAAUUUAGAUUUUCCCUUGAUCGAUUUUCAUCUAUACGAACUACGAUAAAUACAGAAAAAAUUACACCUGCAGUUUUGUAAAAUUAACGAAUUCAUCGAACGGCGGAAUUAUGAUCAGUUUAGAAACCGAGCAUCCCACCUUCUUCAGAUCUGUGUAAACACGGGCAUCGACUUUUCAAUGAAAGAAUAACGAACGGCGCGAGUUGCCGCGAUAUUUGACCACACUAAUUAACCGUCGCGUACGUACGAAUUAGUACCUAAUUACCUUUCCAAAAACAACCAUAGAUACCAACGAAUAUUUUUUUGAAGUGUAAAUUUUUAAAGAAUUUUUUUUUUUUCGCUUCAACUUCGUUUGAAUUUGUAGUCUCAUCGCACGCUGAAAAAAAAAACACGACAAUUAACAAACCUAGGAUAACGUGGGAUAAUUCGUAAUAUCCAACCGCAUGCCUAAAUAUGAGUUUCUAAAGAAAACGAAAUAGAAAAAAAAACCAUGAAAUCGAACAAAGCACAUAAAAUAGUGUCAAUGGAUCAUAAACUCACGAGCAUACUUACCUACCACUACUGCUACUAUUACUAUACUACUACAACUACUACUACUACUACUACUACUACUACACGUUAUGAUAAUACUAUUUCAUAAUAUUCGGACGCAUUUAACGUACCGAGCAUGAGAUAGAACAAACAGAGAUAGGAUGAUACGUUGUACAUAUUAUUAAUAAUUAUUAUUAUCUCUAUUAUUAUUAUUAAUUAUUAAUUAUUAUAAUAAUUAUUAUUAUCAUUAUUACUUGAUUAAUAUUAUUAUCAUUAUUAUUAUUGUAUUACUUGAUAGUUUAAUUAAUUAAGUGAUUAUUAUACAUUAGUCGGCAUAAUGUGGAUUCAUUUUAUAUAUCGUAUAUAGGAUUGAUUGACGCCGAAGUAUGGAACUCUGAUAUAAAAGAUAAAUGAUAAAUAACUGAUCAAUGGAUAAAAAUGAAUAAUCGCGUUAACUGCGAAUCCCGACGAUCAAAAAUUAAUUGAAAAUAAAAAAAAUUAAAUAAAAAAAAAAAAACAGCAAAAAAAUUGUAUAAUCAUUAGAAUUGGAUAAAAACAAUGGAGAUUCGCAUAAACGAUAAGAGAACGCGCGGCUUGUAAAGAUGUUCUGGGCCGCGCCCUUCCUAUAAUUUUAAAUGCCUCAAUAAAGAAAUAAAUAAAAAUGAAACUAGCGUGUAUUUUUUUUUUACGUUUUCUCAAUUUUUGUUUGUAAUCACUCCAUUGAUUUUUCUCGUGCUUUCAUUGGAUUGUUUUUCUCUCGGUGCUCAUAGUAUCUAGCUUUAGCGUUCUAAUCAUCGUUUGAAGUAAUUACACAUUCACACCCAGAAUUCUUUACGGAGCCGUUCAAAGAAUAUCCUUCCGAUGAAUGUGCUUGAACUUUAGACCCUUCCUGAAUUCGUAAAAAUGUACGAAAAAAAUAUAGGCACCCUCGCAUUCUCUCCGUUUCCUUUUUAUCAUUCCCUUCGAGCGUUUCAUCUGCUCAUCAGAGACCGCUUGUUGUCCUAAAUUUGUUUCGAAACUAAUUUUCUAUGUCGACCGACGCUGACAUUCCAACGAAAAUACUUGUCUUAGAAUUCCAGUAAAAAAUCGUAGUCGGUCAAUCCAGCUUAUUACGCGUGAUUUCGAACAUUGAUCUUUGUCCAUUUAUUACCUCUUUGUCAUAUUUCUUUCUUUUCUCUCAUCGUAACUUAAUACACAAGGGAGCGGGAACGCAAUAUGCGAUUACCUCUAUGAGGAACAGCGAUGAUAUGCCAUUCUGAACGAGGGUUAGUGGGACCCAGAUAGAAAAGGGUCAGAAGGUGGCUUAUUGUUAGUUGUGCCCAUGUGCGUGCAUUAAUUAACUAGAGCACUAUGGGGCGUGUAAAUAGUAAUAAUACUUUUAUAUCUAUAAAUAUAAUAAUAAUAUUAUUAUUAAUAAUGAUGAUGAUGAUAAUAAUAAUAAUAAUAAUUAUAAAGAAACAAAGUCAGAAGCAGUGAUGAGCGCCACGUAAAUAGGUAUAUGAAGCGCACUUUACAUUGGGGCGAAAGGGAUGCAAGCAGGAAAGAAAAAAGUGAAGUGUGAGAGGAAAGUGAGUCGUCUGACUGCUUUUUUUAUAUCUAUAAAUAUCUAAUACGACUUAUAUUUAUCGACGAUAAAGUGAUCAAUGUGCUGUAAUGUUUCGCGAACCUUCGGUCCGCUCUAUAAGCCCAACCGCAUGCUGCCUUAAUUCUACCGAUAUUGUCCCUCUAAUCUCUUACCCGAAAAUUAUUUCGUGUUUAUUCACUUGGAAAAUUUUUUAUUUUUCAUUGAUUUCACCCGAAGAGAAAUAUUAUUCAAACAUCAAACGAAGAAAUAGAUAAUUAAGUCAAUCAAAACACAUGCGGAUCCACGAGUCUGAUUAAAAGAAUAAAACUUGAAGUAACAGAGUGAUACAUUUUUGAAAUGCACUUGUAUGAAGUUCUUCGUGCGCGUAUAAGCAUGAAAGUUUUCAUCGCCGGCGUAGUAAUUGUUAAUAUGCCCAGAAAGUUGAUGUGUGAGGAUUUUGAUGCAGCUGAAGUUAUCAAAUUCACGCAUCGUCGCAACUUUGAGGACAGAUUUCAUCAAUACGAUGAGAUGUCCUUGAGAAGUAAAAGAGAAAGAAAAAGAACCGUAAAAACAACGAAUAAAUCUGGGAGAGAUUACGAUUCAUUUAUACAACGGCAUAACAUGAUACAGAAGUUAUUUUAUUCGUUGCGAUUCGACCGAUCCCCGUGAGAAAAAAGGACAGUAAUAUGAUUCAUGAUUUCAAAGAGAUCCUUCGACGAUCGAACCGAAUGACUCGUGCGAAUGAAGACGUAAACCAUCGUUUCGUCUAGACUAGUUUUAGUAAAUAAUCGUCCAAACCCAUCGAUGCUUUGAUAAAUUUUAUAAUUUACAGUCCGAAAAGCUGGCUUUUCUUUGUCUCGUACCUUUCAUUUUCUCUUUGUUCUUUAUUUUAAAUUCUGUUAUUUCCUACGAGAAUGAAUAAUCUGUAAAUGUUACUUUCGUAUAAUCACAGUAUAAUUUACAAUCUAUAAUUAUAGUAACAGAAUUAAUUAGUUUUGCUGAUGCGUACCGUCAUUAUUCAAAUAAUUGCAUGUACGGUAUGCAUAAUAAAAAGAAAGAAUCUCAACGACUGAACGCUUGAUGACAACCUGCCUGUAAUAAUCGUAUACUUGUUGCCUGAACGGAGGUGUCUAAUUUAAACAUUGUAACCGAACAGAACAGAAAAAAUCUACACACAACAUCGUAACAAAAAUAUGGAAAGGUACAGAAAAUUUUGUCAAAUUUUCAUCGAUAAUCAGGAGCUUCAUACAACACACACAGACACAAACCAAUGCAUACCUCCUGCAUAUACUAUAUCAGAAAUAUAAAAAUAUAAUAUCAAGCGAGCAGUUUGUCGUUUAAUAUAUAAAAAAUAUAUAUAUAAAUAUAUAUAUAACAAGUAUGUAACAAUGCUCUAUAAUACAUAGCCACGAUAUUGAUGAAUGAGAAGCAAUUACACGUGCAGCGUGCACAAAAUUAUAAAUUACUUGCGUGAAUGAGACGAAAGAGAAAUAUGUAUAGCGUAUAGUAAUGAAAAUGAUGGAAUAUAAUAUAGACAUUUAGAGUGACUUGUAACAAGUUAAAAGUACGUGGUAAAGAAAUAUGAAACAAAAACUUGUAAGAAAAAAAAAGUUAAGAAAUUUUAACAACGCUUAUCUUCGGUGGCGAAAGCUCUUUCAGAGCCAGUCUCCUGCUUGCAUUCCGUGGUCAUUGAUUUUAUCCUGGGCAAAUAAAUGAUAUAGGGGAUUAUUAUUAAACAAUGAAAUAAAAAUAAUCUCAAUAAUGAUAACAAAUAAUAAUAAUAGUAAUAAUAAUAAUGAAUAUUAUAAGCGGCGAGGCGAGCUCGCAAGAUCUUCCGCCACUUAUUGAACAGCCCUUACGCCCGCCUCGGCCGUAAUACGGUGUACGUGUAUUUUACAAUUUUGUGUUACAAGCCUGGACUAUUGCAAAAAGCGAUCUCACGACUAAUAUACAGACAUGUAUAUAAAUAUAUAUAAAUAUAUACACAUUUAAACAAAAAGUAAUAAUACUAAUAUUAACAAAUAUAAUAGUAAUUACACCCAUACAUGCAUAUACUUGUAUAGGUAUACAUAUAUUACAUGGUAUGUACUACCGUACCAUAAAUUAUUUCGUAAUAGUGAUUUAUAAUUUAUACGUGUGUACAUGUAUGGAUGACGCGCGAGAGUAUGAUUAUAAUGAUAAAAUGAAGAAAAUUGCAGCAAAAAGCGAAGAGUUAAGCAGAGAGUAAAAUGAAAGGAAUGAAAUUAUCGAUAUGUAAUACCUAUACCUAACUUAAUGUUCAUAAUAUUAAUGAUGAAAAGUAUAAUAAUUAUAACAAUAAUAAUAAUAAUAAUAAUAUUGCUAAUAAUAAUAGUAAUGAUAAUGAUAAUAUUAUGAUAUCAAUGAUAAUGAUAGCGUUAUUUUAGUUAAUUAAUUAUAUUAUCAAUCAUCUCUAUUAUGUUCGUGAUUUGAUAUUUUUUUAUAUAAACUGAUGACGAUGACGACGAUGAUGAGGUGAUGCACGAAGAAUACGAAAUGCGCGCCGGUUAUAUGUGAGUACAUACAAUAUAGGCAUAUAUAUCUAUAUAUAUAUAUAUUAUAGGCGAGUGUGAAGAGUGCGAGCAAACGAUGCUGUAUAAUAGUUCAGGCUGGAUGUCAAUGUUUGUAGCGGAUAAAAAAGAUAACAAAAAAAAAAAAAAAACGAAAACAAAAAAAAACAGCAUAUUGUAAUUAAAAUUGAAAAACAUUAAUCCAA